CACAAACAUUCCAAUUCCGUAGAUAUCUAGCAAAUAUCUUCACAACUAGUGAAUACCAAGACUUCCAUCCGGAUAGUCAUCAGCAGAAAAAGUAAAACCACACUAUCCCCACUAGUCCAAACCUGCUUUCCAGCCCCCAAGCACAAUCAGCCUGCACAUCCAAACCGCCCAUCAUUCUUUAACUUGAAAAAGAGUACAACUGGCUUCUAGGGCAAACGCGGUGAACUCAGCAAUCAACCUUGGACCCUAAAUCAGAGCGGGAAGCCAAUCGGCUGCCAUCGCCCCAUUUCUGGCGGAGAGAGUCUAGAGGGUCCAUCUGUGGCGUCUGUAGGUCCAUCUGACUGGCCUGCUACUUGUCCUUUCUUAGAUUGCAGCUGGACGCCUUUUAAGACGGGCGUGGACCCUGCAGAUUUCAGGUGUAACUCACCUAGUCACUCAUUUAUUCAUUCGUUCUACCCUACUACACCAAACAUUUGAUAUCGUUUUUCACGCUAAUUUCCUACUCUCUGUUUCCACUAUCUAUAUUCAUUCAUUCAACGACUACCUACUCAGCUAUCCCGCGAUGUAUCAUUAGAUAUUUACCACAAUCACGACCACACCACAACCACAAUCAAACUACAACAUAAUGUCCACCAUGCUAACCCGACCCACCGCCAUCCUCAUCUUCUCCCUCGUCUUCCUUAACCUCUACCUCUUCCACCGACUCAUCCGCCAACCCGUCGUGCCACUCUCACCCACCAUCGUCCCAACCCCAAGCCCAGCGGCAGCAGAGAUACAAGAAAUACACCUACCAGCCCAAAUAACCACCACUACCGAAGACCCAACAACCCUAUUCCCAACCACCACUCUCGCAACAAUCACCACCCACACCACCACCACAACAACAACAACAACAACCACCCACCCACACGACACCCACACCCAUACCACCCACCUCCACCCCCAACCAACAACCCACUCCAUCCCACACAAACUCUGGCAAAAAACCGGCUCCAAAGGCCUCUCCCCGCAAGCCGAAUCCUGGAUCUCCACCUGGACAACCCUAAACCCACACCUCCGCCACGAAGUCCUCACCGAUUCAUCCGGCCUCGCCUACGUGGAAACGAACUUCCGCCCCAUCUGGCCCGAAAUCGCCGACCUGUACACAUCCCUCAGCGUGCCCAUCCUCCGCGCCGACCUCCUUCGACUCCUCAUCCUCUACAUCGACGGCGGCAUCUGGUCCGACCUCGAUGUAUCAUGUGAAGUGCCCAUCUCGCAAUGGCCUAUUCCCCCAGCAGCCAACGUGGUCGUGGGGAUAGAGUUCGACGGAUGGCAGUUCGCGUCGUGGACGGUGCUGUCCACACCGGGCAAUAACCAUAUCUAUCAUGCGAUUGAGUAUGUGGCUGGAAGACUGGAAGCUUUGGCGCAGGCGAACAAUGUCACCGUUGGGGAGGUGACUAUGGAGAUGAUUCCGGAUGUGGUGGAUGUGACGGGGCCGCAGGCUAUUACUAUGGCGUUUUUGGAGACGAUUAGUGAGAGUGUUGGGAGACGGGUGGGUAAGGAUGAGGUCGAGGGGUUGGGA